CCUCUUCCCACCCACAAUAAAGAAAAAAAAACCGCACAAAACCCUCCGCCCGGAGAUCCAUCCAGCACAUCUCGCAAUUGUCGUAAAAACCCACCUCGCGCAAUUCCCACUUCACCGCCCUGCUUAGGCAUCAUCUGCACGUCGUGCCCGCUCCCGGUAAACUCUGCAACCCAUACAAAACCUCCCCUCCCCCUCUUCUCCUGAGGAAACAUCGCCACUUUUGCCUAAACCACAACACAGUAUCGUCAACAACCAUACACCUCUAGCAUCCUCUCUCGCAGCGUUAACGACCACCGAGUCCCUCCCCGCGAGAGUUGAACAUACAACGACACCCUCACGCGGUACACGGCACAUAGCAGUUUAUGUAUCAGUACGACAAUACCACCGUCUUCAGACACUUUGUCCCCAAGCUGCAAUCAUUUCGCAUAGCGCGGAAACCUUGUAGCCCCAACAUCAGUUCAGUCGGUUGAAAUCCCUUACCCAGAGGAGUUCAUGAAUUCUCGACAGCAAAGACGAUCCAGUCUCGCCUUACCACAUGUCCAUACAAAAAACCCUUGAGCAUUGAGUCCGCCUUCUUGCUCCUCCCCUUGUGCCGAACCAGCUUCGCCGCCAAUCCGUCGAUUCCAAUCAUAACCAAUCCGACCGUCCUUCCGGCUUCUUCAUGCUACCCGCCCGCUCAACCGACAGCACCCCCAGCUUCGUCUCCUGAGCCCAUUACUCCCUAGUCAAACCAACGCUCCAUACCAACAACUCCAAAAGACUAUCCAGUCGUCAAAACUAUCAAUACCGCAAUCAUGGCUUCCCUCAUCAACGUUCGUCGCGAUGUCAAGGACGCCUUCUAUCGUUACAAGAUGGAGAAGAUCGUCACAAAGAUCGAGGGCAAGGGCAACGGCAUCAAGACCGUCGUUGUCAACCUGAGCAGUGUCGCUCAGUCCCUCGCCCGUCCCGGCGCCUAUGUCAUCAAGUACUUUGGCUUCGAGCUUGGUGCCCAGACCAACGUCGAUCCCGCCGACGACCGCUGGAUCAUCAACGGCUCCCACAACGCCGCCAAGCUGCAAGACCACCUCGACGGCUUCAUCAACAAGUUCGUUCUGUGCAAGAAGUGCAAGAACCCCGAGACCGACGUCAACAUUAAGGACGGACGCAUCCUCCUCGACUGCAAGGCCUGCGGCCAGCGCUCUGAGGUCGACCUCCGCCUGAAGCUCAGCGGUUACAUCCUGAAGAACCAGCCGAAGAAGGGCAAGAAGGACAAAGCCGAGCGCAAGGCCGCUCGUCGUGCCAAAGCCAACGGCGCCAACAAGGAGAACGGUCAAGGAAGUGGAAGCGGCGGCGAGGGAUCCGAGAAUGGGUCCAACGACGCCGACGACCAGGAUGUUGGUAGCGACGACGAGUUGGAGAAGAUGAAGAAGGAGGCCCCCGAAAUCGACAACUUCGAGACUCAGGAGCACGAGUGGGCCGUCGACAUGAGUGAGGAGGCCGUCAAGGCCCGCCAGGCUCAGCUUCCCGGCGAGUUCAAGGCGAAGCUCAACAUGGGCGACGACGAAGAUGAGGACGGUGAGGCCGGUGGCAGCACUGUCUACGAUGAGUUCGGCACCUGGAUCCAGGACGAGGCCUCCAAGGGCAGCAUCGACAAGGUCGACUCCAUUGACAUCUUCGUCAAGGCCAAAGAACUCGGCAUCGAGACCAAGCACCGUGCCGUCCUCGUCCUGGUCCAGACCAUCUUCGACGAGAACAUCGUCGCACAGAUCCCCAAGCGCGCCGGCAUGAUGAAGCAGUUCGUCACCUCUGACCGCCACGAGAAGGCCCUGCUCGGCGGCACCGAGCGUCUCAUUGGCCAGCUUGGCAAGGACCACCCCGAUAUCUACAACCAGAUUGUCAAGAUCCUCCAGCUGUACUACAAUCACGACCUGCUCAGCGAGGAGGUUGCCAUCAAGUGGGGUAGCAAGGCUAGCAAGAAGUACACCGAUCUGUCCACCUCCAAGAAGGUCCGCAAGGCCGCCGAGCCCUUCAUCAAGUGGCUUGAGGAGGCCUCGGAGGAGGAGUCGAGUGAGGACGAGGAGUAGGAGAAAUCAAGCUUUUGAUGGGAGUUCUGCCACGGUGGCAUGUUGGUUCGCAUUGUAUCUCUAUCUAGGGUAGUAUCAAUCGCUUCUCCUUCCUCCCUCUGAUUGCCAGACGGCCCCGAAAUGGGGGCGUCAUUCAUCUCUCGAGUGGCACCGC